CGAACUGUGGCAGGAAUUGACCAUAGUUUAUAAAGUGCACUUGAAUGCAUCAUGAGGGAGGAGUUAGCAGAGCAGUCAGUGAAGUUUAGCCUAGCAGGAAACACCGAGCGAAGCUACCGCCGCAGCGGUGGAAAAAGAAGGAGCAGUUUUUAUUCUUCACCCGGUGCUCUGACGUGUUAUUUUCCUCUGCACACACGUUGUCGCCUGGAUCCUUGGAGUACCCGCUUUCGGUCUGGGCAUAUUUCCCUCGACUUUGUAUGAGGAGAGAGCUCCUAACCAACUAAAACACCGGACACUGGCCGGAGGUGGAAUCCAGCGUCUGUAAACGGUGGACAUCGGCUAAGCAACGGCCGUUUUGAAUCAGCGUGCGUCAGUGGGCCCGCAGGCUCCACACUGGUGCUGAGACAAGAUGAAGAGGUUCAGGCGACACGGCCAGGAGUCCCAGAGAGAUCGACUCAAACAGGAGCUUUUCCAGUUCAACAAGACAGUGGAGCAUGGAUUCCCCCACCAGCCCAGCGCUUUGAGCUACAGUCCCACCCUGCAACUGCUGGCCAUAGGCACCCGAUCCGGGGCCAUCAAACUGUAUGGAGCUCCAGGUGUGGAGUUCAUGGGUCUACAUGAUGAGAACGCUGCCGUCACACAGGUGCACUUCCUCCCCCACCAGGUUGAACUGGUGACUCUGCUGGAUGACAACAGUCUACACAUGUGGACUUUAAAAGCCCAUAAGGGACUCUCUGAACUUCUGGAAAUAGGACGCUUCACUCUGACUGGACCUCCUGGUGCCCUUCCAAGUGUGACCAGGGUGACAGCAGUGCUGGCUCACUCCUCAGGGGAGCUGCUGUUGUUGGGGACAGAAGGAGGACAUGUCUUCAUUGUUGAAGUCCCAGGCUUCAGAGAGCUGGAAGAGAGAAACAUCAGUCUCGAUCAAGUCGCCAGCAGUGUACCCGAAGACUACAUCGGCCGCAGGAAUCUGGAACACGUAGAGGCCUUACAGGAGAACCCAGUCAACCCAAACCAGAUUGUUAUUGGCUAUGGACGAGGUCUCAUGGUUAUCUGGGAUUUGGAGAAGCAGUGUGCCCUCCAGCACAUCCCUGCCACACAGCAACUGGAGAGUGUGUGGUGGACAGAGGAUGGAAGCUACAUUCUCAGUUCACACAGUGAUGGAAGUUACUGUCGAUGGAUGGUGGGCGGAGAGGACGAAAACGAGGAGGAGGAGAAAUCAGACAUUCCUUACGGACAUUUCCCUUGCAAGGCCAUCUCUAAAAUAGUUCAGCUACCAACAGAAGAAGGACCUCCGUUCCUGCUGUUCAGUGGUGGUAUGCCCAGGGCCAGCUAUGGGGACAGGCACUGUAUCACAGUGAUCCAUUGUAAAACACACAUAGCUCUGGACUUCACCUCCCGGAUCAUCGACUUCUUCGUCAUCAGAGACGGACCGCAGCACACAGGAGAUCCAAGUGCACUGGUGGUCCUGGUAGAGGAGGAGCUGGUAGUGAUUGACUUGCAGACAGAGGGCUGGCCAGUCAUUCAGACUCCAUACCUGGUUCCCCUCCAUAGUUCAGCCAUCACCUGCUCACACCAUGUCUCCGCUAUCCCCCUCAAGCUGUGGGAGAGGGUCACUGCUGCUGGAGACUUGCAGAAGACACACUACUCUAAAAAGCCGUGGCCAAUCACAGGAGGCCAGAACCUGGCCCCAGACCCUCCACAGAGAGACCUGCUGCUCACAGGGCAUGAGGAUGGGACGGUGCGUUUCUGGGAUGCAUCGGGAGUCUGUCUGUAUCCCAUGUAUAAGUUAAGCACAGCUGCAGUGUUCCACACAGAUGCUGAUCCCAAUGAUAACAUGAACCAAGGCACGGAGGGAGAGUGGCCGCCAUUCAGAAAGGUUGGCUGUUUUGACCCCUACAGUGAUGACCCAAGACUUGGUGUUCAGAAGAUCCACCUAUGUAAAUACAGUGGUUAUCUGACUGUGGCUGGCACUGCUGGACAGAUCCUGGUGCUUGAACUGAAUGAUGAGGCAGCAGAGCAGACAGUGGAAGCUAAACUUGUGGAUUUGCUGCAGGGCCAAGAGGGUUUCCGCUGGAAGGGCCACACUCGGCUGGAUGUGCGAGAGGAGCCGGUGCUGUUUCCUCCGGGCUUCCAGCCUUUCGCUCUGGUCCAGUGCCAGCCGCCUGCUGUGGUCACUGCUCUCACCCUGCACUCAGAGUGGAAGCUGGUAGCUUUCGGCACCAGCCACGGCUUUGGCCUGUAUGAUUACCAACAGAGGAACAACGUCCUCAUCAAGUGCACCCUAAACCCCAGUGACCAGCUGGCCAUGGAGGGUCCUCUGUCCAGGGUGAAGAGCAUUAAGAAAUCCCUCCGACAGUCCUUCAGGAGAAUCCGACGCAGCAGAGUCUCGCUAAGGAAACAUCACGUCAACAACGCCGCCAAGCUUCAGGAGGCAAAUGCCCGUCUGGAGGCUGAACUGGCAGAGAUGGAGCUUGCUCCUGUCCAGAGGAAGAUUGAAGCUCGCUCCUCAGACGACUCCUUCACCGGUCUUGUACGGACGCUGUACUUCGCCGACACCUUUCUCUCAGAUAGUUCACAUAACUCGCCCUCCCUGUGGGCAGGGACGAAUGGGGGCUGUGUGUUUGCGUACAUGCUCCGCCUUCCUCCUGUAGAGAGCAGAGCAGACGAACCAGUCACAGCACAGCAGGCUAAGGAGAUCCAGUUGAUGCACCGGGCUCCUGUUGUUGGGAUAGCAGUGCUGGACGGUCACGGGGCUCCUCUCCCUGAGCCCCUGGAGGUUGCUCACGACCUGGCUCGCUCACCCGACAUGCACGGCUCACACCACCUUCUGGUCAUAUCUGAAGAACAGUUUAAGGUAUUCACCCUGCCAAAGGUCAGCGCUAAGAUGAAGCUGAAGCUGACGGCCACAGAUGGCUCCAGAGUGAGGAGGGUAGGUGUGGCCUGGUUCGGCAGCAGUCGGUCGGAGGACUACGGUGAGAGUGGCCUGGUGGUUCUGACCAAUCAGGGCGACCUCCACGUUGUGUCACUGCCGGCAGUCAAGAUGCAGGUCCAGUACCCCUGCAUCCGCAGAGAGGAUGUCAGUGGCAUCGCUUCCUGUGUCUUUACCAAGCAUGGCCAGGGCUUCUACCUGAUCUCUCCAUCCGAGUUUGAACGCUUCUCUCUGUCCGCCCGCUACCUGGUGGAGCCUCGCUGUCUGGUGGAAGUUCCUCUUCGUUCAGGCUCCUCCAACCAACACAGGCCUGACGGAGCUUCAUCCGCUCUUAGAAAUGCCAGGCAAGACAGUGAGGAUGCAGAAAGUGCAGCUAGACGUGUUAUGGAGCAUGCUUUGCUGAAUGACGAGAAAGUACUUCAGGAGAUCCAAAAGUCACUAGAAGGAGAUCAGACGUCGUUCUUGGAGAAUAAUGUGAAGAGUGCUGUAGCUUGAGAGACAUCUCGGGACAGUUGAGAGUGAACUGGCAUGUUGACGUGAAUGAAGCGUACUGCAGUCCUGUAGCAGCACUCGCCUCCUGCUCGGCUGACACAACCACUACUGACCCCUGACCCCUCGCCUCAGUGACUGACCUCCCCACUCUCUUCCCAAACGGCCCCUCGCAGAGAGACACCAAAGGGCUCCUGGCAGUAGGGAUCAUAGCACCACGAGGCUGUUGGAAGGCUCACUAAACGGUGCAGACAGAGGUUGAAGGAGGGUGAAGAGACACCACCUGUGCCUAAAGACCACACGCUGUACACAAAUCAUUCAAGCUGGACACAACCAUUUAACCCAAAGCUACAUGAAGCCAAUUCCUUACAUGUGAUCAAUGACUCAUUCAACGCCAGCAUCAAAACAGCAUCUCAAAUCUACCACAGACUCCACCUGUUAAAGCUGUUUGACUUAAGUAGCAACCACACCCACUUCAUUCUGAAAGCCUUUAGCACCACCAGCCUUUUAAAGUGGAAACGGUUCGUCCAAUCACCAUGCUCUCUGCUGUGCAAUCUCACUGGCCUUCGUCUCCACACAUGGACAUGGGAUGUGGGUGAUGAUUUGAAUAAUGUUGAUGGAAAUAUUUUGUAGCUUCAAUUUGACGUGAUUCGUGCCUAAUUCUUUUAUUUGAAGAAAACUCAGAUUUGUUUAAAACAUUUUUUACAUUUAUGCCACAAAAGGAAAAGAAAAAGAGGAAUGAACAAUUAGGAAGGAUUAUUUAAAAAAAAACCUAAUUAGUGAAUCAAAUACUACUAAGUGGACUUUCUCAUAAUUUUGCUUUAGUAGCUUAUGCUUUUAACUUUUAGUUUCUACUCAAGUCAGUAGCAUUUUAUAACAGCUUUUAAAAAAUUCUAAAUUUAUACUUAAUUAGGCUCAAAUUAAUAACUGUGUCACUGUGACCAAACAAUAAAUUGCUUUUUAAACCAUUUAUUGAGCAAUUGUUCAUUGUCAAGUUGCAGCUGAUGUUAAUAAACCUGCACAUUUGCUUAAUAAAUGGUUUGUAAAGCAUUUAAUUGUUUUUUCAAUGCUGAAAUAACUUCUGAAUACAGUUCAAUUAACCAUAGACUUACCAUUGUAUUAAUGAGUAUUAUAAUGGCUAUUACAGGUCUUUCAAAUUUUACACAUUUCAAAGGGAUUUGUUUUCAAGUUUCUGACUAUCCCAUAAUUUGACCCCAAAAAGUUGCUAUUUCAUAAUCAUACAAUAGGUGUUUUUCUUUUUUGGCAUAAAUGAGCUUCUGUUUUAUUCAGACUGUCGAGGGAAACUGUCAUCAAUGAUGCCCCAGAGGGGAAAAAAAAGGUGUACGCAUGUUGAACCACAUUGAUGUUAACUUGUUUUUUGUUUUUUUUUUAUUUUAUUUUAUUGUUCAGUCUACAUUCACUAAAUUAGUAAUAGCAUGACAAACUGUAUACCGUUAACACAGCCCUGCCCCCUCCCGUCCACGCUGUAAUUUUAUAACCGGCCAUAGGUACUCGCCCACUACUGUGGAGCUCACCAUGCUGUACUUUUUUUGGGGGAACAGCUUUCUAUGGGGUUUGGUUUUUAAUUAUUUUUAUGUAAAACUUUUUUUUUUUUUAUGCCAGCAAAGAAUAUUGUAAUUUAGGAAUGUAAUUGUAAGCUAUUGUAGUGAAAUGUUUUUAAUAUAUACAGUAUGUAUGUGACUCAGUCUGUACCUGUGGGCCUGUUGUAACGGGGUUGGCUGCUAUUUAGAUCGUACAAGGAAAUAUUUUGGUACUGUGUCUCAGAAUGCUGGGUAUUUUAGUGUUCCUAGAAUAUAUUUUUGUAGUGAACUGAUUAAGAACCCUAAUUUUUUUUUGAUUUGUAACGUCACACUACAGUUUUCUUGUCAAUAAUUGUUUUGUUUUUUCCCAAGAAUGAAUGUGUCUGUUUUCAUUUUCUCAGCACACUGACGUCUCACAUUUACCACAUCAUUCAUGGCUUCUCUACUACACAGAAAUCUUUGACAGAAUAUGAAUGUUGUUUCAGAGUCUAUGUGCCACUGAAGUCUGGGGAAAAAAAGGCAUAACAUUUCAAUUCCCAACCCAUCAUUUUGGCUUGUCUGAUUUUAUUCCAAAACGUCUCAGCCUCUGUUUUUUCUUCUGACAGUCAAGCUAUAAUCUUGGUGUUCAUGAGCCGCAGCAGCAGGGCCAUCUCUGGUGAAGUGGAUAAAAGAGGGAUCAGUUGUCAUACAUGCACAGCCAAGAGUUUUGGUCAUCCAUUAUGGAAGCAGUUGCUUUGUCCACUAAUUGCCUUGAGCCAAGGUGGCUUUGCAGCAACCUGAGCUCCCUGAGGACCUGGCUGAGGCUUAGUAAGCUAACAGCAGCAGCUCUGUUAGAGGAUGACCCUGCACGAUGAGACAUUAUCAUAUGCAACCUGAAGAUGUUAAAUGAGCUAGAAAAUGGUGCCUGAAUACCUGGGCGCUUUGUAUUGAGUUUAAUGUGUUAUAGAAUUUCUUGUCCCCAUUUUAUAUUCAGGUUGUUGACAGAACCCGCCUCUGUCUGUACACUAAGCUGAGCUAAACAUGCCGUGACUUCCAACUCUAGACUUCGCACA